AUGGAUGAUCUUGACGAUGACCUCGAUCUUCGCUAUCACCGGGGACUGAAGCCAGACGUCUACUACCGCUGUCCAACAACCGAAUCUUUGGAUGGCGCGCUUCGAAACGAGCUGGAAAGAAAUGCGUCUAGUCUGAUCCCUGUGGAAAUUGUGACAGAGUUCAUCUUCGCAGCGGCCUCGACCAUCACAAUUCCCGUGACACAGCAACACAGUUUAGACGCCCUUAUCGAACCAGCCAAUUUCCCGCAGAGCAUUGCUGCUGAAUAUGGUCUGUGUCGCGAUAUUGAUGGCAAGGACAGGCUAAAAGUCCAGCGCGCAGUUGCAAGAUCUAUUCUUGAUGCUUUACAAGGCGUCGAUGGGUUCAAGUACACGGAGAGGAAUGCCCAUAACAGGGAGGGCGGCGAUGGAGCGCGAUUCAAGUAUGUUUGCCAGGACAGCUUGCAGAACAAGAAUCGGAAGAGCAACAAGAAAAAGGAAUCAGACCCCGAGCUUGACGACAGCGAAGAUGAUCUCAAGAAAAAAAAGGAACUGCUGCCGACAUAUGACUGUGGCGGCGCAAUUCACAUCAAGUUCUCUCUCAAACGAGAAGCUAUUCACGUUGUGUACAAACACAGUCCAAUCCAUCGGGACGUCGAGGAUCGUUCGGUAGAUGGCGAGAGUAAAUUGCCUGCACUCUCGAUCGAGGGCAGUGCCGCCCCACAAGCGUGCGUUCCAGAAGUCUUAACCAAAGCGAAGCCUCGAAAGAGAAAACGCAGUAGAAAGGAUGAAGUUGAAGUCGAAGAGUAUCCUGAUCUCGACAUGUCUACCUCUCCCGAAGCGUCAAAGACGCCAGCGAAGAAAAGAGGCAACAAAGCUGCUUCUCUAGCAUCGACUCAAAAACCUAUCAAGAAGGGGAAAAAGGCAGCAACACCAACAAAACCCAAGCAAAAAGUCACGGUUCCAGAUCCCACUCCACCUCCCAAGCCAGCCAAGGGCAAGACGUGCGUCCGCUGCCGCGAGAAGAAAAUUAAAUGUAACGAAGCAAAGCCGACGUGCAACCAGUGCAAGCGGGGACUCUGGGCGUGCCAGUAUGACAUUGCUGGGUCGAAAAAACGCUCGAAAAACGGCUGCGUCAACUGCAAGCAACGAAAGCGGAAGUGUACUGAAGAGCAACCGUCGUGUGCGUACUGCCUGAAGGUGGAUGACGAUUGCGCCUAUGACAACUUUUACUGA